ACAAUUUUGAAAUUGCUAGUGAAUUUAUUUAUUGGUUUAUUUUUUGUGUUUAAGUGAGAGUAGCUAUGUUAUCAAUAAUAGUGUCUAUUGCAAUAGUGACAUUAGCUUGUAAAGCUGAUAAACCGAAUAUCGUGUUUAUUAUUGCUGAUGAUUUGGGAUGGGAUGACGUCAGUUUCCACGGCUCGGAUCAAAUUUUAACCCCAAACAUUGACUUGUUGGCGUAUUCGGGAGUAACACUAGGGAGAUACUACAGCCACGCGAUAUGUACUCCUUCACGAUCGGCACUCCUUACUGGAAAAUAUUCGUAUAAAAUCGGAAUGCAAGGCUAUCCUCCAUUGACAAUGAGUGAUGACAGGGGGAUACCAACGGAUUUGAAAUUGUUGCCGCAAUAUUUCAAGGAUAUUGGCUAUUCAACGCAGUUGAUUGGCAAGUGGCAUGUCGGUGCUUCUAGAGCGGAAUAUUUGCCAACCAACAGAGGUUUUGACAGCCAUUUUGGCCAUCGAGGAGGCUACAUGGAUUAUUAUGAGUACACUUAUGAAGAGUUGUGGUCUAUCGGUCAUGUUUCUGGUUUGACAUUAUUCAGAAAUUUAACACCCGCGUGGGACGUGGAAGGAUACAUCACUGACGUCUAUACAGAUCAUGCAAUAUCUGUUAUCAAGAAUCAUGACACAUCAUCUCCACUAUUUCUGAUGGUUGCUCAUAACGCACCCCACUCGGCCAAUGAUGGUGCCCCAUUGCAGGCGCCACCAGAAAUUGUUCGACAGAUGAGACAUGUGGAGUCACCAGAGAGGAGAAUAUUUGCAGCCAUGAUGAAGAAACUAGAUGACAGCGUUGGUAAUAUCGUCAAAGCUUUACAUGAAAAAGGCAUCAUACACAAUACAAUAGUAACAUUCAUUUCUGAUAAUGGAGGCAUGUCAUAUGGACAGUUUAAUAACUUUGCCUCUAAUUAUCCAUUCAGAGGAAUUAAAUUAACACCUUAUGAAGGUGGUAUAAGAGUAGCUGGGUUAUUAUGGAGUACAAAUUUGAACAAUACGAGUCAUUAUUGGGAUGGAUACAUGCACGUCACGGAUUGGUUGCCCACUUUGUUGAGUGCUGCUGGUGUAAAACCUCCACCAGAUAUUGAUGGAAUCGACCAUUGGCAGAACAUUAACUCUAAUUUGCCUUCAGAACGACAAACGAUGUUUGAAAUCGAUGAUACCUCAGAAUAUGCUUCAGCAAUAUACGGAGAUUAUAAAUUAGUGACGGGAGACGUCGACAAGGGUUAUGGUAUUCACCAAGGCAAUAAUCUCACAGGAAUAAUUGGUAAACCACCGUCUUACGUUAAAGCAAUUUUGGACAGCACAAUGUACAGUGUUCUUGACUCAAUUGGAUUAACCUUCAAUACCGCCAACUUGAGUCUGAGGAACAAUACAACAAUCAAGUGUGAUGUAUCGUCAGUUCCGUUAUGUCAUCCAAGCAAAGAGACAUCAUGCCUUUUCAAUAUAAAAGAGGAUCCGUGUGAAACGAGGGAUUUGUCAGCGACUUAUCCCGACUUAGUGUCGAGAAUGCAAGCUCAGUUGGAAGAGGAGGUGAAAAAAACAAUAUUUAGAAAAGGACCAGUUUUUAGAGACCCGUUAGCUGCUCCCAGUCGGUUUAAUUACACUUGGGACGUUUGGGUCAAGUGAGGUGGCUAAAUUUGUAUUAGAUACAUGAUAAUCGUUUAGUACAGCCGGUGUUUAUUUGUAGACCAGUGUAUUACAUUUAAGAAGCAUUUGAGGCUCAGUCCCUGGUCAAUUGAUUAUGAAGCACUUUUAUAGAAUAUUUUUGUAUACCUCUUUAAAAAUAAGUAGAAAAAUGCCUUAAAGGGGUAAGUUUUGAUUUUUUGCUGCUGGAAGAAAGCAUAGCAAUGUAAUGAAUAAUUCUUAUAGUUCAGCUUUGUAGUGAGUUCCAGGGUAGAGAUUGUUCAAAUAUUUAUACUCGGAUAUCACUGGCGAGGUUUUGCUUGAGUCUUGUCCUUACAUUUUUCAUUGUCGCUGAUUGUGUAACCAUGUAUGCCUUUCGUAGGCAAUAAGAUUGCGUUCUCGUCUUUGUCUAGAAUAUUGCCAUUUAUGAACUAAAUAAUGACGAGUACAUAAAUAUUUUUGACGUGUAAAUUUAUGUUUAUAGUUUUUUUAUUUAUUAAUUUGUC